AUGCGCUACGAUUUCAUGGUGACAUUUCAUGAUGACAGUGACGGCUAUUGAGCUGUCCUUCACUGUGUGACGCACUGUCACUCUCACUCACUCAGUCUCAAUGUCAUGCACUAACUACGCGGGAGAGCGUCGUUUUCAUACGAUCACUGCACGCUUCACUUGCUUGCUCACCACGCUAUGCGCUUGACAGUGGUACUAGCGGCGCUGGUGCUUUCGCACCACCCACCAGAGGGAGCCACCGAUCGGCAGUGUGAAGCGAACGCGCGCAAAAUUGUGCACCGGUUUUAUCCACUGCGUCACUGCCAGCGAUCGAAUCGUACCGUGAUCGGGCUUGUUAAUGUACAAUCCGUUCGCGAGUGUGCUGACUACGCACGGGAUAAGCAGGGGCUGGCGUUUAACUUUGCGCCGAUCAAGCGCAACAACACCAACUGGUACGAUGUGGUUAGACAGCGGGAGCAAAAUCAAUCGACCGUGUCGUCAUGGAAACCGGUGCCGCCGCGCGUUGCUUCGUUUGGGUUUGAAGAUUUCUACAACUGCCACGUGCUCGACUGUCCCGAGUAUCGGAACCUGUCGACGAUUGUCAACGACACGCGGUUCGAUUACUACACGCUUUAUGCGCGACUGUUGCCUGCUGGCAAUGCCACCUGUAUACCAUCGAUCGGGAUGUUCCUGUUCGAGGACACGAAGCUAAACUACUCGAAUGCGUACAACGCCUGUGUCAGUGCUGGCGGUAGUCUUGCGCAUAUUGCCAGCGAUGCCAGGACGUUUCAGCUGUCUAAGUACAUCGCAAGCCUUCCGGAGACGAAUUUUACGACGAACAACGCCACUGACACCACCUCUGCAGUUGAGCCACUGUACUAUGUGGGGCUAAACGAGACGAUGAAAAAUCGAUUCUUCACAUCUGCCGACGAACGGUUAGAUUGUUUCCGAUUUCGUGCGUGGGCUCCUGGCCAUCCAGCAAGGAAUCGCACUUCUCCCAGCUGUGCCGCACUCACCGACGAAGGUUCCUGGAAGGUUUCCAACUGCAAUCGAACCUUACCGUACAUCUGUGAGCUGCACACAUCGGGACCCGCUCUCUACGCACCGAGACUGAAACGAAAAUGCUUCGUCAAGCGUCCCAACAACCGAAUCGCUCCUUCGCGUCACGUUACAACGUGACAGCACAAAUGAAAGAAACAUUGCUUAAAUAAGACAUAAAUUUAUUAACUCAUUCUUUUCGGCUCUCGGUGCAGCGAACCGACUAAUCGAGAACGCCUUCUAGAACGCUUUUCUUUGGCUUUAGAGCUCUGUAUGCAAAACGACGGUCAAAACACGACAAAACACUGAUUGAUUGAGCAGUGGGUACGCUACGCUAAAUAAAUUCAA